AUGAGCAGCGACGAGGAGGAGGAGAAACCUAAGCCCAAGCCGAAACCCAAGAAGAAGGCGCCGACGAAGGGUAAAGCGAAGGGCAAAGGCAAACGCAAACGCUCGUCAUCGGAAUCUAGUGAAAAUUUGUCGGGUGAAGACAGCGAAGUGGAAGUGGUGGAGACGAGACCGAAGCCCGACUCAGACGGGUUCAUUAUUGACAAGGUGUUGGGCCGCGAGGUGCAUACGCUCAAGGAGUGGAAGAAGAUGUGCUGGAACAAGAACACGCGCUUCCUGACGCAUUGCUCCAUUUUCCUGCCUAAUGAAGAAGACGACAAGCCGGAAGAAAUGCAGGAGCAGAAAGAGAAGGAGGAUGGUGACAAGCCCGAUUCGGAAGCGGUUGAAUCAGCAGCGGAGACGGCGUCCACGCCCAAGGCUAGCACAGACGACGACGAGGUCGAAGACGCUGGAGAGGAGCGUUUUCUGAUCAAAUGGAAGACUCUAUCUUACCUGCACACCAGUUGGCAAACGGAAGAUGAAUUAAUGGAGACAGACAAGAACGCAAAGGGCAAGAUCCAGCGCUUCAGCGAGAAAGAACACCGAGCUCUUUAUACACAGGAAGUGCAAGGUGACGAGUACUUCAACCCGGAGUUCCGAAGUGUCGACCGCAUUCUUGAAAUUAGAGACCGGCCGCUGGACGACUUUGCUCCGGAUGAUGCGGAAGAUGGCGAGCAGAAGUUUCAGUAUUUCUUGGUGAAGUGGAAGGCUCUAUCUUAUGACGACAUCACAUGGGAGCGGGAGGACGAUGUGGGUGACGACGCGGCGGUGCAGCAGUACAAUGAUCGAAUUGUCCGAGCUGCAAAACGCUUUAGGAAGAUUGCCCUCGCGAAGCACCUACCGAACAGCAAGCGCAAAAACUUCAGGGGUUAUACCGCCGAGGCGCCACCGCCACGCAGGAAAGAACAAAGCUUCCAGCUGCGUGACUAUCAGCUUACUGGCGUGAACUGGAUGCUGUUCAACUGGUACCAGAAGCGCAACUCCAUGCUUGCUGACGAAAUGGGCCUCGGCAAAACUGUGCAGACAGUGAUGUACAUCAACCAUCUCGCGGUUGUCGAGCGUACGCCAAACCCGUUCAUUAUCGUGGCACCACUGUCGACGCUAGGCCACUGGCAACGUGAAUUUGAGUGCUGGACCAACCUGAAUGCUGUGGUGUACCACGGCUCAGCUGCUGCGCGAGAUAUUUUGCAAAACUAUGAAUUCUUCCUAACAGAGGAUGAACUACUGCGCGCCGAUGGGCUGUCCGGAAAGACGAACAGCAACGGUAAAAAGGCUCCCCCACGACCGAAGCGAAACUGCUAUCGAUUUGAUGUGUUGAUCACGACGUAUGAAAUGGCAUCUGCUACGGACCUCUAUAAGCUGGCACAAAUUAAUUGGCAGCUGAUGGUCGUGGAUGAAGCUCACCGUUUGAAGAACCGGAAUUCGAAGCUGUCUAAUCUGCUGCAUACAAGAUUUACGUUCGAAAAUAUGCUGCUGCUGACGGGUACGCCGCUUCAAAACAAUGUGGAGGAGCUGUGGGUGCUUUUGAACUUUCUCGACGACAAGAAAUUUAAUUCCAAGGAGGAUUUCCUCGAGAGUUUUGGCGAGUUAACGGAUUCCGCACAGGUUGAACGCUUGCAUUCUGAGCUGAAGCCAUACUUGCUGCGUCGUAUGAAGGAGGAUGUGGAGAAGUCGCUUGCCCCCAAGGAAGAGACCAUUAUUGAGGUGGAGCUCACUGUGCUGCAGAAGCAAUACUACCGCGCUAUUUACGAAAAGAAUACGGAGUUUCUCUCAAGGGGUGGCAAGAAGGGAGACACCCCCAGCUUGAUGAAUGUUCUUAUGGAGCUCCGCAAGUGCUGCAACCACCCCUUCCUUGUUAAGGGUGUGGAGGAGCGCGAGGUGAAACGGCUGGCCAAACAGACCUCUGUGUCUAAGGAGGAUAUUCAACGACAAAUUCGUGAGAGUCUUGUGGACACGUCUGGUAAGCUAGUCCUGCUGGACAAGCUGCUUCCACGCCUAAAAGAAACUGGUCACCGCGUGCUGAUUUUCUCUCAGUUCAAGAUUAUGCUGGACAUUAUUCAGGAUUAUCUGGCAUUGCGUCGUUACAACUGUGAGCGCAUUGACGGCAACAUUACGGGCAAUGAGAGGCAGUCGGCUAUUGAUCGAUUCUGUCGAAAAGACAGCACCUCAUUUAUUAUGCUGCUGAGCACUAGGGCAGGUGGUGUGGGUAUUAACUUGACAGCAGCAGACACUGUCAUUAUCUACGACAGCGACUGGAAUCCCCAAAACGACCUUCAAGCGCAAGCUCGCUGUCAUCGCAUCGGCCAAAAGAAAAGUGUGAAGAUUUACCGGCUGCUCACGUCGAAAACCUACGAGCUGCACAUGUUCCACAAGGCGUCGUUGAAAUUGGGACUAGACCAAGCGGUGCUUGGAGGGAUUAAGAAUGACGACCCCGUUGCCAAACUCAAGGGAUCGGCGAAAACGAGCAAACCAAACGAUCGAAUGUCCAAGGAGGAAAUCGAGAAUUUGCUGAAGCAUGGUGCUUACGAAAUGUUCAAAGAGCAGGAAAGUGAGGCUGAGGCUGCAAGCAAGAAGUUUGGAGAGGAAAGCAUCGAUCAAAUUCUAAGCCGAAGUACCACGAUCGUGCACGAUCCCACACGAGACGCCGAUGGGAACGAGAAGAAGAAUGCGAUGUCAUCAUUUUCGAAGGCCACUUUCGUGAGUUCGACGAACCCAGACGAAGAGGUAGAUAUUGAUGAUCCCAACUUCUGGACCAAGGUGAUCGGCUUAAAUGGAGUGGAGGAACAGAAGAAGGAGGAGCCUUCGCCCUUGCAAAAGAGGCGUUGUCGCCGAAAAGUGAAAUCUUACCUGAUUGAUGAUGACAAGGCCUUCAUGAUGGACGACAGCGGAGAUGAAGCGUCUUCGUCACGUAAGAAAAUAUUCCGAGAGCUAGGCGUACAGAAGGAUGAGGAGUUUGUAAUUUCUGAUGAUGACGACGACGACGAUGACGACUCGAGUGAUGUGGCUAUGGCGAAGGAUGAUUUA